GCGGAGCGCGAGCAGGAGAUUGACCGCUGGCGGGUCAAGUGCGUCCAGGAGGUGGAGGAGAAGAAGCGGGAGCAGGAACUUAAAGCUGCUGCCGAUGGUGUCUUGUCUGAAGUGAGGAAAAAACAAGCAGACACCAAAAGAAUGGUGGACAUUCUUCGGGCCUUGGAGAAAUUGAGGAAACUCAGGAAAGAGGCUGCAGCAAGGAAAGGGGUCUGUCCUCCAGCCUCAGCAGAUGAGACUUUUGAGCAUCAUCUUCAGCGACUGAGAAAACUCAUUAAAAAACGCUCUGAACUAUAUGAAGCUGAAGAGAGAGCCCUCAGAGUCAUGUUGGAAGGAGAACAAGAGGAAGAGAGGAAGAGAGAACUAGAAAAGAAACAGAGGAAAGAAAAAGAGAAAAUUUUAUUGCAGAAGCGGGAAAUUGAGUCCAAGUUAUUUGGGGAUCCAGAUGAGUUCCCGCUCGCUCACCUCUUGCAGCCUUUCAGACAGUAUUACCUCCAAGCUGAGCACUCCCUGCCAGCACUCAUCCAAAUAAGGCAUGAUUGGGAUCAGUACCUGGUGCCAUCUGAUCAUCCUGAAGGCAACUCUGUUCCCCAAGGAUGGGUCCUUCCGCCGCUUCCCAGCAACGACAUCUGGGCAACCGCCAUUAAGCUGCCUUAGUAAAGACGCUCCAGGAGUGUGGACCAGGCAACACUCUCUCCAGCUCUGAAUAUUAGCGAUGCUGCCAUCUUCUUGUGCUGCAGACCAAACAACAACCUGGAAACUCCACAUGGCAUGGCCCUUCCCAGAAGUUCCAUUUUCCUACCAUGCUCUGUCCUAGCCAAAUGUGCUUUGGGAUCAGAUUAAUAUGGUUCUUUGGAAAGGACCUAGGUGAACUGGGGCUAUUGCCACAUGCCUUGGCUCACUGAAUUUGCCUGUUUUGAGGGGCUUGGUCCAGAGUGACUGGCUAAUUUACUCAACUUCCUGUGUGGCAGUGGGUAAGUACAUGCCAUACACUCAACACAGGUGUGCUCUGGGUAGUUUAGUAGCCCUCCCCUGGUACAGAGUGUGAAGGCAAGCUUGAUGCAAAACCUCCAUAUCCUUCCUACCCGUGUAGCCCUCUAACUUCCAGGAAGAAAGGGGAAAGAUACUUUAUCUGUGAAGCCCACUUUUGGUGCAGCUUGAGAGGCUGUGGGCCGCAGGCUGGGCUGGCGUAAAGCUGGUGGCUUAGUCGGGUACUCAUUUGGAGAUCUCAGGACACCUGAGGAGUACCUACAUCUACACUGGUUCGUGUUUUGUUGGGUGACGGCUGCAUUCUCCCUAUGUUAGAAGGAUCCUAAUGAAAGGAACUGCUUUGUAAGUUCCUGGAGGUCUAGUUUUUCAGAAUCCCUGAAGAUAGAAAUUUAUUUCCCUAUGGGAGUAGGACCUUAACCUCAUGUACUCAGAAGGGGCCGGUAUAACUGUGGAAUUUCUUAGGAAUAUUCAUGUAGUUAAAGUUGGGGGGAAAGCAGAUAAAAAUAAUGAAGUUUAUUUUUUUAUAUUCAUUAAUAAAUGCUCUUGUGCCUGGAGAUGAUCAGUGAUAUAACAUGUCAGUUUUUCUGUUUUAUUUUGCCUUUUGUCAUUUAUUGUUAUUUAUAUUCCAAAAACCUAAAUAAAUAUUUUUAUUUUUUAGUUUGAGCCUUUGCUCUCAAUUUGUUGCCUCCCAAAUCACUGCACACACUUUCACACCAAUAAGACAUUUUCACUCUAAAAUUCAAGUUUAUUAAAUAGGCACUUGUAAGAGGAGAGUGAGUCUACACCACCGAACUCUGUGGAAUCAACUCUGGGUAGUUAGGGAAGGACACCAUCAACCUUAGAAAUGACUUCAUAUCAUCAGAAGCUGUUGGGUGCAAGAUGCUAAAACCUUUGUCCUUUUCCGUUGUUUAAUUUGCACUGUUAAAUUUACGUAAUGUGCAUUACAGAGUUAACAGUAUAUGAGCCAGCACUCCUCCAAAGUGUGUCUAAGCUCAUAAUCUGAAAUCUGAUGUGAUUAGCUUCACUUGACCCCAUAGGCUUGUGUGCCCUUUUGGGAUAAAUCUCCACCAUUUGCUCCCUGAUGAGGUGCAGGAACAUAGAAAUAAAAGAGGACUGGUACAGUACAUUGUAUGUUUGGUGUCCAGAUAGCCUUGCCACUAAGACAUCUGCAUUGAUGGGUCAGGGAGGGUAAAGCAGGGACUCAGGAAAACUCAGGCAGCACAACCCAAGGAAAAGGUGUUUAAUGCCAGGUGGGAAAAACCAUUCCCUCUUUCCUCUGGCAACUUCAGUGUUUUAAUAAAGCGAGUGUUUUCUUUG